AUUUUGAUUUGAUAAUCACACGGGCCACAGCGAAUUGGUGCCGGGCUGUCUGAGUUAUAUCGGCGAUUGGUAAAGCUCUCAGAUGGCGGUGUCUAUACCCCUUCGGUUUCACUGAUUGAAAUCCUUUUUUAUAACGAGAUAGAGAGGCCAGUGUCAGACGAAAGAUCCAGGAGGUCUGGGACACCUGUGAGCCGUCAGUCUCGGACAUCAUCACGGCGCCCCUCUUUGACUUGGCUGAACCUGCCCUUGCCGUCGGACGCGAUGUUCUCUGGUCAUCUAAGCCGCUGCCUCGAAACCCCGACUACCCGCUUAUCACACCCAAAACUGACCACCACGUCGGCUUUCAGCCUACCCUGAGGUCGGAAUGGACUCGAGACGAGCUCGUUGCAGCAGAUGAUCCAAAUGUCCGGCCGUACUCGCAACCUACACGAGAGAACAUAUUCCCGUCUUUUCUCCUCGAGGUAAAGUCAGAAGCCACCGGCGGCACUCUGUACGGAGCUGAAGCGCAGCUGGCCACUGCCGGCUUCCACCGUGUCCGCUCGCUGAUAUGGGUGCUAGAUCAGAUUGACCCGGAGAGGACUCGUUCGAGCUGCGACGCCAUUGUCUUCUCGGCUGCCAUUUGCCAGAGGGAGGUCAUCGCGCAUGUGCACUAUUACAAUCCCGAGAACGAGACAUUCUACAUGUCCUAUAUUGACCAAUUCUACUUUGCCAAGGACAUUCAAGGCUGUCACAACUAUGUCAAAAACGUCGCUGAACGGCUUUUACAGAUUCAACAACCCAUUGUCAGAGACGCACUGAGAGCACUGCAUCCGAUCACCCAGCUAUGGAAGAAAAGUCGUUCCACCGGCUCUAUUGGGGACGAAGGGGGCUCGUCGCUUAGGAGCGAGAGCUGCAGGCCAGCUAAGAAGCGGCGGAUGGUCUAGCUAGUCUGCGCCCUCGAGCCAAGACGCCAGUUCAGAUUCGGCGCAGAUAUUGGCGAAGCCUUGUGUCGGUUCAGAAAGAAGGACAGUGCAAGACGUGUGUAUAAGGAACGGGUUCAAAGGAUAUUCAAUAUUAGGUUUACGAGAUGGUUGAGCAUGUUAUCGUGCUCGUCUGUAGCACCAAUGAACAGAGUGUGCACACCA